GUUCCAGUGUUCCCAGGGUUCCGCGAGCCGUUUGCCCCACCCCACCUCUUUAACGCUGUCUGUCUCAAUGUGCGGUUCUGAGAGAAGGAGAGAGAAAUAAUUCACAGCCACACUGCCGGGACACGAUUCUGCUGCCUGACGGGAGCCCGUGCGUGCUUACGGUAACCGUGUGGGUGCAAAACACCGCGGUAUGUUUACGUAUCAUGCUCAUGUAUUCACCGUAAAUUCUACCAUACGGACUCAGAGGGAAUCCAGCGAGCGGACAGCGGGCUCUACCUGCGCCAAAUGGACAAAUAGCGGCGGAUUUGCACAAAUAUCACCUGGAUAUUGCCUUUAUUCCCAAGGACGUCCAGCUGCCAAGGCGCCCGAUGUGAGGAGAAAUACAAAUUAACGCCAGACGGAGAAAGGGCCUUUUUUUUUAUGGUGGAUGUGGUCAAACCCUCCGAAAAGCAGCAACAGCACCAGCAGUCUUAAUGACGGGCUGAUCGUUUUGACACCGGCUAAUAACUGGAUCGAUACGCUUCUACAUCAACACCACCUGGCCCGAAAAGGCGUUUUAUAAUGGGACGUGAAAGGCGAAUUUGGUAAAGGAAGAAGCUCUGUGUAGCCCACAGUGAUUCACGUGCCGUCAUUUUCAGUGGAAAUAUUAAUUUUUUUUACAUUUUUUUUUUUUUUUUUUUUGGUCACUCGCCCUCUAAUGUGCUUUAGUUUGCUGGACAGGAAGAACAACAAACACAUGUAUGUGUUUUCAGUGAAAGUAGAGCUUUUGGUUGUGGGUGGAAAUGAAUGGCUUGAAGAUGAGAGUAUUAAACGUAAGAAGCAGUUUUUAAACAGUUCGGCUUAAAUUCACUCCGUAAAGCUGAAGGGGAUACGUAAAAAAAAAAAAAAAAAAAAAUCACCCAUGUUGAUGACUUCAUUGUGAAAAAACACAAGCACCACUGCUUUUAUUUUAUUUUUUCAAUUUUUCCAGUAAAUAGCCACAGAUUGUAACAAACCAGCUGCAGACUUAUUUUUCCACUGUCUACAGUCUGAAUCUGGCAACAUCAAUGUCACCCAUUUUGAGCCGGGUGCUCCUCUCUUGGCCCAGUCUAUUGAUUUAGGAUCGACUUCUGAUCGACACCUCCUCCUCCCCCUCUGAACCUUUCACUGGGGUUUUGGGAAGAUGGGCUGUCUUGGCAAUAGUAAGACUGAAGACCAACGAAACGAGGAGAAGGCACAGAGGGAAGCCAACAAAAAGAUAGAGAAGCAGCUCCAAAAAGACAAACAGAUAUACCGGGCAACUCACCGGCUACUACUAUUAGGGGCUGGUGAAUCCGGAAAAAGCACGAUAGUCAAACAGAUGCGAAUAUUGCAUGUUAAUGGCUUCAAUGCAGAGGAGAAAAAACAGAAAAUUCACGACAUUAAAAACAACAUUAAGGAAGCUAUAGAGACAAUUGUUGCUGCCAUGAGUACACUCAUACCUCUGUGUGAGUUAGCUUGCCCAGCAAACCAACACCGCGUUGAUUACGUGUUGAACCAAGCAAACCAAAAGGACUUUGAAUUUCCUUCGGAGUUUUAUGACAAUGCAAAGAUCCUCUGGCAAGACGAGGGGGUACGGGCCUGCUGGGAAAGGUCAUACGAGUAUCAACUCAUUGACUGUGCGCAGUACUUCUUAGACAGGAUCGACGUGGUCAGACAGAAUGACUACACACCCACUGAUCAGGAUCUGUUGAGAUGCAGAGUAUUGACAUCUGGGAUCUUCGAGACAAGAUUUCAAAUAGACAAAGUCAAUUUCCACAUGUUUGAUGUUGGAGGCCAGAGGGAUGAGCGCCGAAAAUGGAUCCAGUGUUUUAACGAUGUCACAGCUAUCAUCUUCGUGGUGGCGAGUAGCAGCUACAACAUGGUGAUCAGAGAAGACAAUCAGACCAACAGGCUGCAGGAAGCCCUCAACCUUUUCAAGAACAUUUGGAACAACAGGUGGCUACGGACCAUUUCGGUAAUUCUUUUCCUGAACAAACAGGACCUGCUCGCUGAGAAGGUUUUGGCAGGGAAAUCGAAAAUUGAGGAGUAUUUCCCAGAGUUUGCACGAUACACUACACCUGAUGAUGCAAUCCCAGAGCCCGGAGAAGAUCCUCGUGUCACUAGGGCAAAGUACUUCAUACGAGAUGAGUUUCUGAGGAUCAGCACAGCUAGUGGUGACGGAAGGCAUUACUGUUACCCCCACUUCACCUGUGCAGUUGACACAGAAAACAUCCGCCGUGUCUUCAACGACUGUCGCGACAUCAUACAGAGGAUGCACCUACGGCAGUAUGAGCUCUUGUGAUGAACAUGCUGACAGGAAGCUCUGCCAUCUGUCCAGUCUACUUAGAGCCUUCCUAUCUACUCCUACAACCACUUAGCCAAACACUCCUCAACUUCCACCAUCUUCACCUGACAACUGAGCACCUGCCGUCCCUGCCAGUGCAUCUUCUGCUCUUUAUGGAAAUGCAGUUUUCAUAGAAGCCUAUAAACAGGACAGUGCACCUGAUGGGAAGCUUUUCAAAGUGGACAACAAUUAGGGAACCAACAAUAGUUUUAUCAACCAUUAGCCUGGACUGCUGUACUCGGCUACACUUUGACCCUCCCAAAGAGGGUCGAGACUGGAAUUCCUUAAUGCAGGCUGUUCCCACUUUUAACUCUUUGUCUCUCUCUGAUACACUUAUAUGAAUACAAACACAUUCUCAAGGUACAAACCCAUAACAGCAAAAGAUUCCCAGAACCAUUAUCUGGGGUUUAAUGUCUCAUAUCAUAGUCUCACACACAGAACUCCUUUAAAAGUUAACUCCGACUGUCUGUAACAGUUGGCGGAGGCUGAACUAAACCAUACAUCCUGAGAGACAGCGAAAUUUAUUCACCGCUUGCUGAAAACGAAACAGACAGAACCGUGGACGCUGACACGGAGGAACAGUGGCAGACCUACACAGAGGAAGCCUGUAAGCCCUUUUUCUUGCACAGGAAUGGACAAUUGAGCCAAUUAUCUAUGGAAGUGAGGACGCCUCGAACAUACGACCACAUGGCUCAGAUGACUGCUCUAAUAUAAAGAUUGGAGGAAUUACUGAAAAUAAAUAAAAAAUGCCAUAAAUUCAUGCAUACCAGUGAUCUUCAUGCAAGGCAAAAAAUAAAAAAUCCAAACUAUAUAUAUAUAGAUAUAUAAAUAUAGAUAUUUAUAUGUGUGUAUAUAGAUAUGUAUAUAUAUAUAUAUAUAUAUAUAUAAAACUAUAUAAAAUAUAAAUAUUAUAUAUUCCUGUAAUAACACAGUUCAACUUUAAAGUUUUUGUUAGUUUUUAUGCCAUGCCGUGUGUUGGUGUACAUCAUAUGUGGUCUGUCUUUACACCCCCCCACCCACCGCCCCAAAAGCUGCCACUGUCCUCCAACCGUCCUUGCUGCUUAUCAGCAACCUGCGAAUUACCUACUCAACAUAUUGGGAAAAAUAAGGAAAGGCUUUAUUUAAUGAGGAAAAACAAUGCAAACGGGGGUUAGUAGAGCAUGUUGUGGAAGAAAUCGUUUGGAGACUGGAUGCCACCCCUUCACCUUAGAACACAGACACAUCUAACCUUUUCCACACAGCUCUGCCUUUCAUCUUGUUCUCUCACCUCUUUGGCUUUAAGUACGUCUGUCUUUUAUUUUACUGCUGGACUAUUAUUCUUGUACAGACUGUAAAAUGUAUUAUUUUGUACAACUUUACUGAAGAAAAAAACUUGUAGAAGAUCCCUGUGCCUUGAUCACGACUGUACGUGU